AUGAGGGGUUGGGUCCCUCGGGUGCUGCUGGGGCCCUACUGGGAUGGUGGCACAGGUGGGACGUGUCCCCCAGUCCUGCCACGUGUCCCCAAGAUGUCCUGCUACCUCCACCAGCACCUCCCUCCUCUCCACCAGGACCCCGUGGCGCUGUCCCCUGGUGUCCCCUUCCCGGCUCAGCGGUGGCACUCCACGACCUGCAUCGCCCAGGCCGCGCCCGGCCAGGUCCCCCCGCAGCAGGCGAUGUCCUCCAGCGUGUGCCACCAGCAAAAUGUCACCCGGGCCGUGCCCCGCCAGCUCCUCUGCGUGCCCCAUCAACAGCAGAUUCAGCAGAAGAUCGUCCCCAGGUGCGUCACCACGUGCGUGCCACAGCAGAGCGUGACGGGCGUCACCGGUGUCACCCGGUGCGUGCCGCAGCAGCUGCAGGUGCCACCGCCUGAGCGCGUCCCCCAGCAGCAGCAGGUGGUCCCCAGGUGUGUCACCACCUGCGUGCCGCGGCCGCCGUACGUCACCGCGGGCGUCCCUCAGCAGCAGAGUGCCACCAGGUGCGUCCCCCAGCAGUGUGUGACCGCCGUGUGUCCCCAACAGGGUGUCCCCAGGUGCGUCACCGCCUGUGUCCCCCAGCAGCGCGCGGCCCAGCGCAUCUCGUACCAGUGGGUGACAGCGCCUGUCCCCCAGCAGCAGCAGAGCGUCACCGCCGCUGUCCCCCAGCAGUGGCACAGCAGAUGUGUCACCAAGUGUGUCCCGCAGCAGUGUGACACCGGCGGGGCCAGCGUUUGUGUCCCGCAGCAGAGUGGGACAAUUUGUGUCCCUCAGCAAAGUGCCACCAAGGGUGUCACUCACCAGAGUGUCACCCAGUGUGUCCCUCAGCAAAGUGCCACCAAGGGUGUCACUCACCAGAGUGUCACCCAGUGUGUCCCUCAGCAAAGUGCCACCAAGGGUGUCACUCACCAGAGUGUCACCAAGUGUGUCCCUCAGCAAAGUGCCACCAAGGGUGUCACUCACCAGAGUGUCACCCAGUGUGUCCCUCAGCAAAGUGCCACCAAGGGUGUCACUCACCAGAGUGUCACCAAGUGUGUCCCUCAGCAAAGUGCCACCAAGGGUGUCACUCACCAGAGUGUCACCAAGUGUGUCCCUCAGCACUAUGGGACAAUUUGUGUCCCCCAGCAAAGUGCCACUAAAUGUGUCCCCCAGCAAUAUGGGACAAUCUGUGUCCCACAGCAGUGUGUGACCAAGAGUGUCACUCAUCAGAGUGUCACCAAGUGUGUCCCCCAGCACUAUGGGACAAUCUGUGUCCCUCAGCAGAGCGUAACCAAGAGUGUCCCUCAGCAAAGUGCCACCAAAUGUGUCCCCCAGCAAGGUGUGGCCAAAUGUGUCCCACAGCAGUGUGUGACCAAGAGUGUCACUCGUCAGAGUGCCACCAAGUGUGUCCCCCAGCACUAUGGGACAGUUUGUGUCCCCCAGCAAAGUGCCACCAAAUGUGUCCCCCAGCACUAUGGGACAGUUUGUGUCCCUCAGCAAAGUGUCACCAAGUGUGUCCCCCAGCAAAGUGCCACCAAAUGUGUCCCACAGCACUAUGGGACAGUUUGUGUCCCUCAGCAAAGUGUCACCAAAUGUGUCCCCCAGCAAAGUGCCACCAAAUGUGUCCCCCAGCAAAGUGUCACCAAAUGUGUCCCACAGCAAAGUGCCACCAAGUGUGUCCCCCAGCACUAUGGGACAGUUUGUGUCCCACAGCAAAGUGUCACCAAAUGUGUCCCCCAGCAAAGUGCCACCAAGGCUGUCCCCCAGCAGCCUGGAGGGGUGAAGAUCUCCAGCCACUCCAAGAAAUACUGCUCGGCCCCCAGGUGGCCCUGGUGA